AUGAGUCUCUCCGAGGCAAAAGACGCCUCAUACAACCGCCUUUUCCAAAUGGAGGUUGCUCGGGCCUUGUCAGCACAGCUGGUUCUUGCCGUUGAAUACGUCCAUUCCCAGGUAUUCGUCCACGGAGAUCUUCAUUAUGGAAAUGUUCUCUUCCAGUUGCCCUUUGACCUAAGCCAACUCUCCGUGGAGGAAUUUCAUAAAAAGUACGGAGAACCGGAAUUUGAAGCAAUUAGACGUUUCGAUGGGCAAUCACUCCCACGAAAUAUCCCAUCACGCGCCGUUUUGCCAAUGUGGCUUGGCGAAACAAGUGAUAAAAUCGAACUCGCAGAAGCUAAAAUCCUACUCGGCGAUUUCGGCGAGGCGUUCUCUCCUACCAAGCAACAGAGAUUCGAAUCACACACUCCGCUUGUGGGCCGGCCACCAGAGGCUCGCCUCGAACCACAUAAGGCUCUAUCCUUCCCAUCAGAUAUCUGGUCACUCGGAUGCUCUUUAUGGGAAAUCAUAGGCCAGAACUCGCUUUUUGACGGUAUGUUCGCGACCGAAGAUAGCAUUACUUGUGAGCAAGUGGAUACCCUUGGUAUCCUACCCGUAGAAUGGUGGAACAAAUGGGAGGGACGACAUGGUAGAUUCGCAGAAGAUGGGAAGCCGAUCAAUCGGGAACGGGACCCGCACCGGUCGUGGGAGGUCAGAUUCGAACAAGAUAUGCAGGAGCCUCGACAGAGAAAAAAGAUGUCGCGCAUUGAACCGGCUGAGAGAGAGGCUAUCUUCAAGAUGCUGAAGUCGAUGCUUGAAUUCAGGCCUGAGGACCGCUCUGCUGCGAAGCAGAUUCUUGAAUGUGAAUGGAUGGUCAGAUGGGCUUUGCCUGAGUACGAGAAGAUCCGAGGGGUAUAA